CUCUGGGGGGAAUGGCCUACAUUAAUCACCCACGAUUCGGUCAGAUAUGGUUCGUCCGGGAUAUUUGCGGCAUCAUGUGUGCCGUGAUGACUUGGUUGCUGAUAAUGUUCGCUCAAGCUGUCGUUCUGAUAAUCAUCCUGGCACCAGUUUUCGACACGUUUUUCGGCGCUGUCAACUUGAUCGUGUUCGAAACUCUCUGCUUCUUGGCGUGUACGUCGCACAUCCGCACGAUGGUCACCGAUCCCGGGGUGGUGCCACAAGGAACCGCGACCAAGGAGGCCGUGGACAGUUUAGGGCUCCGUGAGAAUCAAGUCGUCUACAAGUGUCCGAAAUGUUGCUGCAUCAAACCGGAGCGAGCUCAUCAUUGUUCGGUUUGCAAUCGCUGCAUCCGUAAAAUGGACCAUCAUUGCCCCUGGGUCAACAAUUGCAUCGGGGAGAAUAACCAAAAAUUUUUUGUAUUGUUCACAAUGUACAUUGCUCUAGUGUCGAGCCAUUCCUUGUUUCUCGCUGUGAAACAUCUAGUGGGUUGCAUCAACGAAGAAUUUCGUCUCUGUUCUCAACAAGCCGCACCAGCUUCGAUCAUGGUUCUGUUGAUUCUUCUGAUAUUCGAGGCUUUGCUCUUCUCGAUCUUCACAAUGGUCAUGUUCUUCACUCAAAUUCAAGCGAUUAUAAAAGACGAGACGGGUAUAGAGCAGUUGAAGAAGGAAGCCGUCCGCUGGCGACGACAAUCGGCUCGGGCAAGCUUGAGAGCUGUUUUCGGUCGUUUUUCAUUAACAUGGUUCUCGCCUUUCACAACUGUAAAACUGCAUGAAGUGGCCCCUUCACGUUGCACGUAUGCCGUCUGA